CCACUACCUUGAAAACCCCACUUGUCGUGUGUGCGUACGCCCGUAAAUUCGACUGGACAUUCAGAUUUCAAAUGAGCUCAUUGAAAAACUUGUACGCAUCUGUACCCAACUUCCAAAUUAACCCUUAGCUCAAGAUACGAGAAUUAGUUUCUGAACGAUGGAACGUUAGUGGCUGCUAUGUAGCUUGGCGUUAGAGGUUCAAUAAAUAAUUAUUGGUAAGCGUCUAGGUGCGCACCAGUCAUCUCACAUCGAUUAGGCAUUGCAAGCGGGGACUAUCAACGGGAGCACUAUUGCCGACGUCGGGCGAUCGGCAAGAUCGUGAGCCGCCGCGUCACCAGUUGCUGAGCAAUGGAGUUUAUACAUGACAGGCAUGCCAAAUAUUUCAAAUUUUGUCUGGAUGCAAUCCCUGGUGAUUUCACAAGCCUUGAUACAAGCAGGAUGACAUUGCUGUUUUAUGCAGUGUCGGGCUUAGACCUCCUGGACCGACUGGAUCUCAUCAGGGAUAAGCAGAACAUUAUCGAUUGGAUCUACAGACAGCAGAUCACUUCAGAAGCAUGUGACGGUGACCUGUCGAGGGCCGGCUUCCGCGGCUCGCCCACCGCCUUCACCGGCCGGCCGCCCAACCAAUGGGACUGCAGUCACGUGACGAUGACCUACACGGCGCUGGCCACGCUGCUGGUGCUGGGGGACGAGCUGGCCGACGUGGACCGGCCGGCGCUGCUGGCCGGGCUGCGAGCCCUCCAGCUGCCGGACGGCAGUUUCCUGUCCAGUCUGCACGGCGGAGAGAGUGACAUGCGUUUCGUGUACUGCGCCGCCGCCGUCUGCCACAUGCUCGACGACUGGUCGGGGAUGGACCGCCAGCGCACGCGCCAGUACAUCCUCCGCAGCCUGCGCUACGAUCACGGAAUAUCGCAAGGCCCUUUGCUGGAGUCUCACGGCGGCUCCGUGUUCUGUGCGUGCGCUACUCUCAGCCUCAUGGGGGAGCUGCACACGACAUUAAGCGACGCACAGCGCGACGGUCUGGUCUUCUGGUGCCUGAGCCGGCAGGGAGGCGGCUUCAAUGGCCGGCCAAACAAACAGGAGGACUCGUGCUACACAUUCUGGAUCGGGGCGUCCCUGCACCUGCUGGACGCGUACGCGCUGGUGCAGACACCGCGCCUGCGGCAGUUCGUGUACUCCACGCAAGAGCCGAUCACGGGCGGCCUCUCCAAGUGGCCCGGCCACGGCGCCGACCCUCUCCACACGUACCUCGGUGUGUCCGGCCUCUCGCUGGCCGACCAGCCGGGCCUCAAGGCCGUCCACCCGGCGCUCAACAUCUCCCGAGACGCGGUGGCCGUGCUGCGGCGCGCGCAGGCCCGGUGGCGCCCCCUGCCGCCUGACCACUGACCCCGGCCUCUGGGGCAACGCCGACCGGCGCUCAGUUCUGGGCGGUGUGAGGAUACGGCGUGACCGCCACUGGUCGGGCCUGGUGUUUUAAAGCUGCCUACCGCCUCUCCCCUCCGCCCACCGAGCACCGCAUUGCGCACUGCCACGCCGUGAUGGUAUUGAGGUUUCUGCGGACAUGUCAUCUGCAGUGAUCCGUGUGGACAGGAGGCGACCUUGGGCACCACAGUGGGCAAGUGAUAGGCGGUACGUUUUAUGAUGUAACCCGGUAUUGAGCCACGAAGUCCCAUAAAGUAAUCGUGGAGGCUUUACCAGUCAUGAAUUGUAAUACAUGUUAUUUUUUCGCCACAUUUG